AUGCCUGCAGUUCCAGCAUCCGUUCCGGUUCCCAUGACCCGUGCACGUGUAGAUCCCAAGCGUAAAGUAGGCCUUGCAAAUGCUGUGGCACAAGGAAGACUAUUAUACCGAGUUGGCAUCUUGGCUGAAAGUGAACUCUACGCCAUUCGUCACCUUGCGAAUGCCAUUGAUGACGAGGAUGCACAUAAUGCCUACAGACAACAGGAGGACGAGAGAAGACGUGAGGCAUCAAAGGCUCGCACAAAUCUUUGGCCAGACACAUUACAGGCAAAACAAGAGGCAGCUAUACGUCGACGUCAGGCGGAAAAAGAAGAAGAAGAGAGGCGUAAGAAUAUGUUACUAGAAUUAGGAGCUCAACAGGAGGAAGAAGAACGACGACAGAAACAAGCGCAAUUAGCGUUAAAAUUAUUGAAAGAAGACCCUCGUGGUCGUAAUGUACGUAGUUUGGUUAUGUUGAAUGAAGCAAUUAAGGAUCGUGAGAAUCAGAUUGCUUUUAAAAACGAACUCAAAAGAAAAGAAGAGGAAGAGGCUCGCCUCGAGAAGGAACUUAUGGAUCAAGGCAAGGAUGAAUACCUUGCCAAGGAGGAGCAGGAGAAAUUUGAUCGUCGUUCCCGCAAUGUAGCUGAGAAAAAUGAACACCUGCAGCAAAUGCUCUUUCAAAUUCAAGAACGUAAAAAGAUGCGUGCGGAGAAGAAGGAAGGUGGAGAAGAGGCACGUCGCGCAGCGGAAGAAGAAAAACAGGAGAAUCUUGAAGCCCUUCUGGAGAAUCGGGAAUUAAUGGCCCGCAUACAUGAAUACAACCGCAGUAUCGCCAAACCUCCCCUCAGCAAGCAUGAUCGACUCCUGCAGCGUAUCCAGCGUGAGGAAGGGGAUGAGGCGGCGCGUGCUCUUCAGGAAGAAAAGCUUGAAUCCAUGAAACGUGAAGUCAUGGAAAAGAUGCGUCGCAAACAGGAACUCUCCGAAAAGCGGCGGGAACAGGGCUUUCUCGCCUUUGCCGCAGAAAAUGAACGCAUGCAACACAAGGCCCGCACACAGGAAGUGUUUGAGCGGCGUGGGGUCAGUAUGCUGGAGCGUCUCGCUGCCUCUGAAGACCGCCAACGAGAACGACAAAAGGAACAGCGACGACAACAAGUGGAGGCCCUCAAACAUCCCGAAGAGGCGGAGGCGAAUGACAAUGGUCUCACCAGACGAGCAGCGGCGAGCCAGUGGGGUUUCAUUCACGACUCGGAGGCGGAGGCGUACAGGCAGGAGAUGCAGGCACACCCCGCGCGGGUGGCGGCAGAGCGGGAGGCGGAGGCCCGCGAACGGCGUGCAGAAGCGGAGAGACUGCAGAGAAUUCACCGGCUGCAGGCGGAGGAGCGGCGUGAGAAUGAUCGGCGCACUCGGGCGGACGAUAUGGAGUCGCGUGAGCGUCAACGACAAGCCAUGGAGGAGGAUGACGCGAACUACCGUGCCUAUAUCGUCUCACAGCUACCAGAUAACAUGGUUCCAUACUUGCAAACAAAAGCAAUGCAACUCCGGAGUUAA